GACAACAGAAACUAGCCAAAAUGUUGUCAUCUUUGAGGCUGUUAUCCUUCUAAUGCAGGCAAGUGGUCAUUUCCAUUGACUAUAUCUGCAAGAGAGAUAGCUAGAGAGGUUGCUUGAUAUACAAUCAAAUUAAUGAAUCCAACAACAUGACGUCCAGGUUCCAGUGGCAGAUCUUGGAAUGGAUUUGUACAGCUUUUGUUGAACAAGUUCAUGCUUGCUACAGGUCUCAACCAGGGAAGCAAAUUGAGGAGGAGGCGGCCAAUCCUUUUGGCCCCAUGAAGACUUGGCUUCUCUUAGGUGGAUUGAGCAAUCAUGAUGACAGUCAAAUACUGAAAGUGAUAUUUGCAGGAAUUGCCCCUCACCGAAAAAAGAAAUCUUAUUACAUGAUUCUUUAUGUCUCUUUAAAUAUCUAUAUCAAGUGGGUUUUUUUAAUAAAAAUGGCAGGCGGGGUUUUCUUCUUAUUCUUCUUCUUACUUUAGGGUAGGUUAGGGAUAAAGAGGCUUGACUUUCUGGUUCUAGCUAUGAAACUACUUCAAAUUCGCAGAUGCAAGAUAGGAAUGGUAAAAAGGACAUGACAGUGUGCUCCCUGUCAAGAUACGCUUCUUUUUGUCUUCUUCAACUCUUGGAUCUUACUAUAUGGAAAUGGUGAAAAGCUACUAGGAGUCUAGGGCUUUUGUUUCCCAAGACGUUUAUCACAUGAUUUGAAGGAAAGAAAAGGAAAAAGGGUACUGAAAAGUAGUGGAAGUGGGGGGGUUCUUGGAUGAUCAGUUUCUCUCUCAAAACAUGGGAAACUUUUGAUUGUUUUCUUCUAUUCUGUUACAGUAUAUUCCUUUUUAACUGAUUUUGCAGCGUUGUACAUGUGUAAGGAUACAAAUGCUUUUGGCAUUCUCUGGCCAUUUAUUAUUCACAUCUUAAUUGCAGUACAGGUUUUUCUGCAGCUGGGUGUAGGUGGUCCUUGAGGUCUCCAUUGGAUCAUAACGUUGCUGUCUUUGAGCUUAAAUUUCUUUCCCAGAAGUCUUUGGCCUGUGGUUUUGGAGCUGAGGAAUCUUUAACCCUUUACAGAACAUUUUGAAAGGAACAGAAGGGGAUUUCUCAGAAAUGGAUGGAAAGGAGGUUUCUGGUUCUUAUUUGAUAGUCUCAGAAGGGAAGAGUGACAGCUUCUAUCCAAUGUAUUUUGGUGUUUCUUGUGCUCUCUUCGCUCUCAAAGUCUUGACAAAGCCUGUUAAGGAAGACGAUAGAUGGUCAGAAUUGUGCGAUAAAAUGCUUCGAGGAAGUGCUCAUCUCUUGAGAUUGCUUGUUUGGAAAAUCCAGAGAGAAGGAGCAAAUGGUGAACACUGUGAGCUUCUUCAUAAGCUUGAGACUGCUGAGAAAGAGAUCAUGGAGCUGAAGAAAAUAAGGUGUGACGAUGCAAAAGCGAAUGAGAAAGUUGUUAGUAUCCCUGCAUCGCAAGAGCAGAGCUGGUUAAUCGAAAGGAAGGAGCUUCGACAGCACAUUGGAGGUCUUAUGAGUGAAUUGAGGGUUCUUGAGAAGAAGAAUGAAGAAGCUAUUUCUGAAUUGAAUGAAAAAUUGAACGAGAUGAAACUUUUGGUGCAGUCCAAGGAUAAGGCAGUGGAGGAAGAGGAGCAUAAAAGGAAGGAGUUAGAAGAAAAAUUAGCAAAGACUGAAAAAAUUGCAGAAGAAUUGAGAGAAACGGCUAAGCAUAAGGCUCAAGAGCAUUCUACUGAUAUUUUGAAGCACAAAACUGCCUUCCUUGAGCUGGUAUCUAACCAACGGCAGCUUGAAGCUGAGAUGGGUAGAGCACUCAGGCAACUUGAGGCUAAAAGGAAAGAGCUUGAUGCAGUCUUAGAGCAAAAGGAGGAGUCAAUGAUGUUGACCCAAAAACUGUCCAUGGAGGUUGUGAAGGUGAGAAAGGAUUUGGAACAGAAAGAUAAGAUCUUGUCAGCAAUUCUGAGGAAAUCCAAGCUAGAUACAACUGAAAAGAAAAUGCUCUUAAAGGAGGUUAAAUUAUCAAAGUCCAAGAAGAAGAAAGCUGAACUAGAAACAACAGAAAGUUGGAAAUCUGUUUCAGAGUCUAAGCAUGAGAAGCAUUCAUUGAGAAGUAUGUUUUCUCUCCAUACCAAUCUGAUGAGGUCAGAAGAUCCUCCAAUUAAAAGAGGGGCAUCCCAAGUUGUAAAGGGCGGAUCACAGUCAAUUGAUUAUCAUCUUGAGUAUGAGAAUCCUGAGUUUCAAAAGAACUCGGAAGUUUCUUCGCCACUUUCUAACCUCUAUUCACCAGAAGGAUGUGAUGAACUAGCUGAUGGCAAGCGGUUGGAAGGAUGGGUUCGCUCGGAAGCAGGAAAGUACGCAGCCACAAUUGAGAAGAGGCAUCAUUUAGAGAUAGAUGCUUUUGCGGAACAAAUGAGACUUAAAGAUGAGAAAUUAGAAGCUUUUCGCUGGCGAAUGCUGAGCAUGGAAAUAGAAUCAAAGCGUCUGCAGUCUCACAUUGAAGGGCUGAACCGGGAUGUUUCACGGAUCAGGCAUGAGAACAUGAAACUGGAAGCCUUGUUAUUGGAGAGGCAAAAAGAAUUAACCGACUUGAAAGACCAGCUCAAGGCACAAAUAAAACCUCAGUCUUGCCAACAGGCCAACUUAAGCUCAUCUCUAGAUGAUCCAGCAUUAGUCCAUGAUUCCAUUUUGUCCAGAGCCAAGAAUGUAAAGAAAGAACAAACAGAGAAUAAUCAAGAGGGAAAGGUACAUCUGACGGAAACAUCUCAAGAGAAGAAUACUGAAAAAGAAGAAGAAGAAGAAGAUGAGGAAGCCCUUCAUAACCAGUCCAGAAAUGUCAGUAAAAUUGUCCAAUCUCCAGAAAACGAGUUUGAGGAAGAGAAGGAUGUCUCCAACCAAGGCUGCACUCAAGAGGCAAGUGCGAGUCCAGUGGUGGUUGAUACUGUAGAAAAGAUAGCAUUGACUAGCCAGUCAUUGAUGAAGACAAAUAAUUCAACAUGGGGGAUGGACCUCCAUGCUCUUGGAGUUUCUUAUAAGAUCAAGAGGCUGAAGCAGCAACUUCUAAUGCUCGAGAGAUUGACAGGAAAGCAAGACAGUGGUGAACAUUUAGGUAACAGUGAUGAGGCAAAAAAUGGGAUAAAGGCCUUCCAAGCAUUGAUGUCUUUGCUUAAUAAACAAGUCAACAAGUACCAGUCGCUCCAAGAGAAGACCGAUGAACUCUGCAAACGGAUGCAUGAUAAUGAUGUAGACGUGAGUCGCAGAGAUUCCAGCACUAGCACUGCUAGGAAAAAGGGAGAAACUAAAACAUUAGAGCAGUUCCUGGAGGAAACAUUUCAGGUUCAGAGAUACAUGGUUGCAACAGGACAGAAACUGAUGGAAGUUCAGUCCAGGAUUGCAUCUGAUUUCGUCAAGGUCCCCGAAGAGCUUGAAAAAUCUGCCGGCAGCUUUGACAUGAAGCGUUUCGCUGACAGCAUUAAAACUCUUUUCCAAGAAGUUCAAAGAGGACUUGAAGUUCGGAUUGCUCGAAUUAUUGGUGAUCUUGGGGGCACUCUAGCUUGUGAGGGAAUGAUUCGUAUGAGAGGGUUGUGAUCCCAACUAUAAGGGUUUAUAUAUAUAUUAGUUAUUAUAUCACAAA